UACAAAAAAUAUCUGUGAUAUUAGAACUGUCCAACCACUCGAGAUGAAGCACUGUGGCGACAUGAUAAAAUUUAAGGAUUUUCUAUAUGUUUCUUAUAGUCAUUAACUAAUGAUCAGGGUUCUGAUGUGGAAGCAGCCCAAAGGCAGCUAAAUGCGAUGUCAAUGAUAAAAAAGAUACAAAACAGAUUGGCUAUAGCAGACUGUGGGGAGACUUGACCCUGGUCCAACAUCAGACUUUCACACUCCUUAACAUUGAGAUGGUAGUACCAAGAAGGACAAGCUGUAAGAUAAUGAAAAUUGAGGAAGGAGUUAAGAUCAGUAAAAGAUCAACUCAAGCACUGAGCUCCAAUCUGUGGCAUGUGGAGGGGCUUCAGUGAUACACGGAACCUCAGGAAUCGGUUCAGGUUAAUGUAGUACGUGACCCAAAAAUGGAAUCUGUAGCUCCAGAAACAAAGAAACCUAGAGGAUCGGAGUCAGAGUUUACCCCUGUGCCCAGCCCAAGGAAUUUAUCGGCACUGAAGAUGUCAAGUCCAAUGCAAAAAGACACUCGGGAGCUCAGCGACAGGCCGGAUUCUCAUCACCACCCCGACCAUCCAACCUCUGGCGCCCUUGAAGGGGGGCAGCACAACCUGACAGCAUUGUUACAGGAGGUGGAUUAUCUUAGACAAAGCAAUAAAAAGCUCCGAGAAGCUCUGAUGAGCAAAGAGAGAGACCUGGAAACACUGAAGGUGGAUGUGCAGCUGCUGGAACAAGCCACAGAGGCCAAGAUAGCUGAGAAGUCUGCAGUACUAGUAAGAGAAGUGUACAGCGCACAGCGUGAAAGAGAUGAAGCAAUAAUGGCGCGGCUUAGACUGGCGAAUGAAGAGAGGGACGAAGCUCUUCUCCGUGUCCAGCAGCUCCAGCAGUACAUCCAACAGAUGGAAGAUAUUAACCCUAAAGAAAGUGACAUGACCUUACAAGAACUGCUGGAUAAACUGGAUGAAGCAGAAGAUGGCGCAGACAUUGUGCAAAACGGGGAUCUUAUUUUAGAUCAUAUUAAGAGAAGUCAGGAGAGAAGAGAGCAAAUCACUGCUGAGGAAAUGGGUGCCGUCAUAAUAGAACGGGACACAGCCCGGGCCCAGUGCAAACAUCUGGAAAAGGAGCUUCAUCUACUGAGAGAGAGCAAACAGAUCUGUACGGAUAUUGUAACUGCGCAGAAGACCUUUGAUCCAGCGUCCAAGGCUCCAGUGACUUUUCUUCAACAUAAUCAGGACAAGUUAAUUGAGGACUAUAGAAAGCUGGAAGAAGAGAUCCAGACCCUACAUGUAUAUUACAGCUUGCACCAGUCCUUAUCUCAAGAAGUAAACCUGAAAGAGCAGUACUCCAGGGCACUCAACCUGUAUGAUAAUGCCUUGAAAAACAGAGGAGAGCUCCUUAGGGUAACCCAACAACAGAAUGAAAACUUGGAACGUCAACUCCGUGAAGCCCAGUGUCAGAAUUCAGAGCUAAAGGAAUCCUUGCGCAAGGCAACAGCUUGUCAAAAGGAAAUGGAAGACAAGGCACACAAACUAGAGCGCCUGGUUGAUGUCCUACGGAAAAAGGUUGGAGCUGGAUCUGUUCGGACAAUGAUUUGACUAACCAGGCUGUCAUCGGUGGACCAGUCUGACUACAGCAAUUGUACGGAGAAAAGACUGGACAUAACUUACUUGACACGUCUUCAUUCAUUCUCAUAUUCACUCUUUUUUUCUUCACUGGCCUACAAUCUUAAUUUCUAAACCAAAGGCUGUAUUUCUUCUUGGUGUGGGCCAAACUACUUUGGAGAAAUGUUGGACAUUCCAGGAAAAUGAUGCCCAUUUAAGAUGAGCCUGAACACCACUGCCAGACCACAGUCUGUUCAAAUAGAUUUUGUCUUGUAUCCAAGAACAGAUAUUCGCAGAGCCCAUCACGUUGAAAAUCACGUUUCCUACACAGCCCUAUGAAAGUUAUUAGCAUUGGAAGUCUCCUAUUAAUCUGUGUUUAUUUUAUUGCUGUACCUAAAUAUGCACAUUAAAUUGGCCAUACACAAGGUUAAUGUUGGCCAAACUUGUUCGCCAACUGAUAGCAGAUGUUGGCGGAAAGAAGGAUGGUGCAUAUGGAUUUUGACUACCUGUACGCCCCAAGAGGAGUCAGGCAGCCUACUCCAUUCUUCUGCCUAUUAAGAACACAUGCAUGCUUGGCCAAGUGUGUGUGUG